CCCUGUUGUUGCGUAAGAGUUGGAGUGUUGUACUAAACAAAUUUUCUUGGAUAUAGGUUGGACUUGUUUGAAAAGAACGACGAGAUCAUGGAAGUACUGGACGCCCGUCUGAAGGCCAAGGGACAUAAUGAGCUGCACGACGCUCUGGCCCGCGAAGAACUGUUCAUCCCGAUGAAGGUUACAUUCGAAGGUGAAGAGUACUUCUUGAUGAAGCUCUUGACGGAGGCCGACUACCAAAACCUCAUGAGCCGGCGCAUGGAACGUGCUCAGAAAUUACAGGCCGGUAAAGCCCCGCAGAUGAAUGUGUAUCUGCGAUGGAUGAACAAGUAUGCUUCGGAGAAGAAUACACACAUCCCGCAGAUCCAUAGGCAGGCUUCGCAAUUCUACAAUCCACUCUCGCAGUUCCACGGCAAGGUCCCGCAGUUCCGCAAUCAGGCCCCGCAGUUCUCCAUUCAAGACCCGCAAUUCAGAUGUCAGGUCCUACGAUUCCGCAGCCAAAUCGAGCCCUUCUACAACCUCCGUCAGCAGUUUUCCAAGCCGGUCCCCGAGAGGUUCAAUCAAGGGGCCCAGUUUUACAAAUGGGUGCCAAAGAAUCCCCAAUUCAAGCCAGUUUCAAUUUCUGUCGGCAGAGCCACAGGAGGAAAUGAGGACGACACCGGCAAAGCAAAAAGUUCUAGUCCUCCGACCGCACGGGCCUCUUCACCCGCUCCGGCAAUCCGGGUUGCCACACCCAUUUCUACUGUCUACGUCGCUUCACCUAUUCCUACUACUCUCUCCUCUUUACCUACUACGCCCACCCGCGAUGUUUCGCCUAAUGCUACUAUCCCGGCUAUCUCGCCUCCUCUAGCCAUGCGCGGUUCCUCGCUUAUACCUCCUAUGCGAACUGCAUCUUCAGCUCCAGUGUCACGACCCUCGUCGUCCGCUUUAGUACCUCGGACUCCUCCGGUCGCUUUAAUUUAUGGUGAUCGUCCCAUUCCAGUCAGCACACGGUCUGCCCCUGCUAGGGUUCUUCUUGUCUACAAUGUGUGGACUCCUCCCGCAGAAUGGGCUGAUCCUGCUCUCCGGACCACUCCCCGUGUUCCUCUACUAUCCCACGUCCUGCCUACGUCCGUCCCAGACUCGCCAGUGAAGCCUAAAGGGCUUAGGGGCCGCCUAUGUUGGAACCGGGGUUCUAACACAACUUGAGUUCGAAGGGAAGUAAGAGAUGAGGGCUAAGAAUUUAG